AGCCUUCUUUUGCUGUUUUGUGGUGUUCUUAAAGAAGUAAGCAGUGGCGUGUGACGAAUUAGUUACGAUUCUUACAAAUAUUCGAUGCAGCCAUGUAAUAUUUGGUUGACUAUUACAUAAUUGUAUAAGUCAUUCCUAUUUUCUUACCAGCUUGACGGGAAAAUCGAAAGAAAGGUGAAUGGGGUCAUUUAGGACUUCUGUAUUUUGGAAGAGAAUAAAUAUAUUGUUAAGAUGAGAAGGAAAUGUGGCAUUUGAACGAUUCAUUUGAUUGGACUGAAAAUACAGUUUUAAGAUGAGACGCUCGGAAAGACUUUAGGUUAUGCAUGAAGGCUGAAUUCUGUUAAUUUUUCGUGAGUUUAUCAGGAACCGCGUGAGUAAUUGCAGUAUCAGCUGUAUUUUCUCAAUUUAUUUAUUACUUGAUUUAUUUCUGCAUGAUAGUACAGUAGAAGGCUUGAAGGCGAACGGGUUCAUUUGUAGUGAAGCGUUAUCAACAGCUUGGAAUGAUGGAAACGGUUAAGCUGGCCCCUCCCACUGAAAGCGAUAGGACGGCACUCCUCAGUCCCCGAUUAAUUUGCAUAUCAGGGCUAUAAAUAGUCCAAGUUCUGCCGGCGCCCUCGUCUGAGAAAGCCAAUUCGGAGUCCCAGGAAGAGGUCGAGUCUGCGUCACUCGUGUCCGGAAAAGGAAGGAUGUCCAGUCCUGCUAAAGUGCGAAAAGAGGGUGAAGACGCAGUGGAGGGAUUCGUCUUUGACGUAUCGCCCAGAAAGCUGUCUAAAAGCAGUUCUGCGUUCUUCACCGCCGUCCUUCAGAGCGCCAGGCAGGAGUACCACAGAGUGGUCGUUUUCGCCAUGGAAAAGCAAGCCCUCUUCGUUCAAGCGGAAAAGAACGGCAACCCGGUGCGGCUGCGGAACGUCAGGCGAAGCUUGAGCUUCUCUGAUCCAGACGGCUUUGACGUACUGUGCUCUCGUGGGACCAGCGUCGAGGUGACCAGGCUGCCUUUUCUGCGGUGCGCGCCACCAAGCUGCAAAAAGAUGACUGUAGCGGAGGUGAAGGCCCUAGGUCCGAGGCAGAAGGUGAAGGAGGUCCGUGCAAAGGUUGCCUUGCAGGGCUCUGUGAGCAGAGUGGUCACGGUCAGCAACUCGGACUGUGAGCUGAAAGAGGUGCAGAUCUGCGACGGAACGGGGGAGAUAAAGCUGACGUUGUGGGACACCUUCGUCAACGCUGCCGAGGCCGGCGUCUCUUACGCCUUCAAGAACCUGUCUACGAGAGAGCGAGACGGGUGCCUUUGCCUCUGUACUGGUCCGUCCAGCAGUAUCGAGCAGAUCGCGGACUUGGAGGUGGCGGAGGGAGCAGCCAGCGGGGAAGAUGAAAAAUCAACGGCGCUUUUCAGCGCCACAAUAAAGGGCAUAGAAGUCACGAUACAACGUCGGUGUUCCGCCUGCCACUUCAAGCAGAGGGAGUUCGUGGAGAAGUCGAAGACGCACAGGUGCGAGGGCUGCAGGAUGAAGCAACAUUCGCUGUCUUUCUCCGCCAGCUUUGGCGGUAAAGCCACGGUCUCCACUGCGAGCGGCGAUGAAACGGUGCAGCUAUCCAGCUCGGCGCUCUCCACCUAUCUGCGCGACGCCGGCCUCAGCAGCAUGUCCAACGACGCAGAGGCGAUCGAGGAUCAUUUUUUGCAGUCUCCGCCAGUUGACCUCAAAGUUAACGUGGACGGUUUCCUCCUGUCCAUCCAGCCAGCAGAGGCCGGGCGGGCUGUCGGCGCGGAAGAUCAGUGGGACACCGAUGCAGACGAAGGCCAGGCACAGCCAGCGGAGCAAGGUGGUUCAGUUGCUUGAAGACCGUUCAGAUUUCUGUUCCGUUAAAUUAAAUAUAUGGUUUGUCAAAUGCUUUUAUGUUCAGAAAACUGGUUGUUUGUUCUUAUUUAAUUUCCACGUUCUCUAAUUGCCUGUAAUUACUAGUGUUCAAUAAAUGUUUCCUUUUUCAUCGA